AUGCCCAGAACGCUCUGCUUAACCGGCGGCUGCGGUGGUGGCGUGCGGUUUGCUGCAGCGCUGAUGGCUCACGUGCAGGAGGAUACCCACCAAAACGACGAUGAAUCCGAUCGCAUCUCAAUUGACGCCGAGUCUUUUGACGAUACUCCGCUUUCAUCCAUGAUCUCUGUACGGCCUAGUCUCCGUGAUUAUCAGAAGGAGAAUGGCCGGACGUACCACAAGCUCAGUGAAGGAAACUUGCAACACCAGCUAUGGCUGUUCACAUGGAAUGAACAACUGUGUAUGUGUCCAAUGGGCAACAAAGCGAAACGCGUCCUUGACUUAGGAACCGGCACGGGUAUCUGGGCCAUCGAUUUCGCGGACCUCCACCCCGAAGCAACGGUGACCGGCGUCGAUCUGAGUCCCAUUCAACCAGACUACGUACCCCCAAAUUGCAUCUUUGAGAUCGAAGAUGUCGAAAGACCCUGGAGAUGGACAAUACCCUUCGACUUCAUCUUCGUACGGCAUAUGAACGCAUGCUUCGAGAGCUGGGAGACAAUGCUAAGCCAAGCAUUUCAACACCUCGAGCCCGGCGGAUACAUCGAGCUACAGGACAACUCAUUCCCAAUCCUAUGCCCAGACGACAGCAUGCCGCCAGACAGCGCCAUCGCGCGGUGGUCUUCGUUACUAAUGGAGGGCACGAACAAGAUCAACCGCCCCAUCGACGUGCCGUCGCGCUUCAAACGGCUCCUCGAAGAAGCCGGCUUCGAAUGCGUCGAGGAGCACAAGCGGAUAUGGCCCAUCAACUCGUGGCCGGCGAAGAGGAAGCUGAAAGAGAUGGGCUGGUGGGUGCGGGAGACGACGCUGGCCGGUAUAGAGGCGUCCACGCUCGCGUUGUUCACGCGCGUUUUGGGAUGGACUGUGGAGGAGACUAGGGAUUUCUGCGAGGAGGUGAAGGUCGAGAUGGCGAGUAGAUCGGUACAUGCGUACUGGAACGUGUACGUUGCCUCCGUCCCCCAGGCCGAGUACCCCCGAGAUAUGCUGUUGGGAUCUUACUGA